AUGGAAGUUGCUCAAGCCGACUAUACAUUAGGCCUCUUGAGAGAAGCCGCAGGAUUUAGCGAGACAAUGGUUCUGUCACCAUUUUCGAUCACUUCUGCAUUUGCUGUUGCGUGCCUUGGAGCUGACGGAAAUACCAAAAAGGAGAUUCAUGACUUAUUUGCAAAAGGGUGUAGUGAAGACGAGUUUCACAGUUAUGUUUCACAGAACGUUAAGGAUAUUGCUAACGGAUCAGAAACCUACACAUUGUCCACUGCAAAUCGUCUGUUCCAUGACAGAGCUUUCAAAAUAGAAGAAGAUUACUUGAAGACUGUUGGUACCAAAUAUUUCGGACAGUUGGAACCAGCUGACUUCUCUAAUUCGGAAAAAACAGCAGCAGUUGAGAUGAUGCACAAAAUUGAUAGUUUCGAUUAUUAUUCUGAUGACAGUGUACAAGUUCUUGGGAUUCCGUACGAAGGCAAUGAAGUAAAAAUGUUAAUUUUUCUGCCUGUCGAAAAGUUUGGUCUUACGAAGUUUCUGACAAAUAUUGAUGGCAAGAAACUGCUGCAGUACAUGAUGAGGACGAGCCGAACGAAAGUUGAGGUCGGAAUGCCUAAAUUUUGUUUGGAAAUACAGUUUGAACUUUCUGGAGUAUUAGGUAGAAUGGGUCUUUCUGAGGCUUUUUCUGAUAGUGCCAACUUCAGAAAGAUGAGCGCGCAAUCUCUCUUUAUAUCCACUGUUCUACAUAAAGCUUUUAUAGAGGUUAAUGAAGAGGGAACAGAAGCCGCAGCCGCGACUGCGAUUGCAGUCUCAACAACUUCGUUGCACUUUGAACGGCCGACACCUACGUUUACUGCUGACCAUCCUUUUAUGUUUGUCAUUGCUAAGGGUAAUACUCUGCUGUUUGCUGGCAAAUAUUAUUAG